ACAGCACUGACGUUCCCGCUGCACACGUGCCGUGUGCAAAGCCUAGAGGUGCUAUGACUAGGACGCUUCCGACGCGAGCACAGUCAUUCGAAUCCAGUAUUAGUGCGGUGUAGAGUGCUCGGUGUUUUUUAAUUCAUUUACUCGAAUUCUCUCUCUCUUUCUUAUUUACUUUUUCUCACGCGACUACGAUCGAUUAGUGUGUAAAAAUGCCUUUCAAGCCCGUGGAAAAUCCAAAAUGCCCUAAAUGUGGCAAAUCCGUUUACGCUGCAGAAGAGCGAGUUGCCGGUGGACUGAAAUGGCACAAAACGUGUUUCAAGUGCGGUCUUUGCAACAAACCGCUCGACUCGACAAACUGCACCGAGCACGAGGGCGAGCUGUUUUGCAAAACCUGCCACGGCCGCAAGUUCGGCCCUAAGGGUUACGGAUUCGGUGGCGGCGCCGGGGCCCUGUCUAUGGACCAGGGCGAACAUCUGCAAGCGAAGAGCGAGGGUGAAUUUUCACGGGGUUCGAACGCCAUUCUCGAGCCGCGGGCUAUCGCGAAGGCACCCGAGGGAGAGGGAUGUCCUCGCUGUGGAGGGUACGUCUACGCCGCUGAGCAAAUGUUGGCUCGAGGAAGGGCUUACCAUAAAACGUGCUUCAAGUGCAAAUUGUGUCGACGAAAUCUGGACUCGACACUUCAUUGCGAUGGUCCCGACCGCGAGAUAUACUGUCGAGCUUGCUAUCCGAAGAAAUUCGGUCCGCGGGGUGUCGGCCACGCCGGGAUUAUGUGGAACGGGCUGCAGUGCGAUAUAGAGGACGAGGGCGAUGCGGCUCCACGCACCACCGUGAUCGACACCGCGAUAAUCAAGGCACCCCCGGGCAAGGGUUGUCCUCGUUGCGGCGGCGUCGUCUUCGCCGCCGAGCAGGUGCUCGCCAAGGGCCGGGAGUGGCACCGAAAGUGCUACAAGUGCCGCGACUGCACCAAGACCCUGGACUCCAUUAUCGCCUGCGACGGCCCGGACCGGGACGUCUACUGCAAGACCUGUUACGGAAAGAAGUGGGGACCGCACGGAUACGGAUUCGCAUGUGGCUCGGGAUUCCUCCAGACCGACGGGCUCACGGAGGAAGAAAUUUCAGCCAGUCGACCUUAUUAUAAUCCUGACACGACCUCGAUUAAGGCGCCAGCUGGGCAGGGUUGUCCCCGUUGCGGUGGCAUGGUGUUUGCUGCGGAACAACAGCUCGCCAAAGGCACCAUGUGGCACAAGAAGUGCUUCAAUUGUGCCGAGUGUCAUCGGCCUCUGGAUUCUAUGCUGGCAUGCGAUGGUCCCGACAAAGAAAUUCACUGCCGUGCGUGCUAUGGAAAGCUCUUCGGGCCCAAAGGCUUUGGAUUCGGCCACAAGCCGACUCUCGUCUCGACAAACGGAGAUCAUGCUCCUUCAUACAUCGACUCCAAGCCCCAGGUUGGCCAGAAACGAAACGACGGCCACGGCUGUUCGCGCUGCGGCUACCCGGUGUACGCCGCCGAGCAGAUGAUCUCGAAGAAUCGCGUGUGGCAUAAGCGGUGCUUCAGCUGCGGCGAGUGUCAUCGCUCCCUGGAUUCGACGAAUCUGAACGACGGCCCGGACGGGGACAUCUACUGCCGCGGCUGCUACAGCCGGAACUUCGGGCCCAAAGGUGUGGGCUUCGGAAUAGGCGCGGGCACCCUAACGAUGGCCUAACUUGCCAUCCAGACACCCCUGCACGAGAAACCCUCGCGAUCCAGUCUUACAUAUUAAUGUAAAUACAUCUAUAUAUAUAUAUUGAGGCGUCUCUGACUGUGUAUAUCCUCGACGACAGACGAACGCGCUGCUCCGGGAAUUUUCGAUUUCUCCUUUCCUACUUCACGACGAUUCGAUGAUUUCGAUGACUGUGCUUUCAUUAUUGCGAAGAAUCGUGUUUCGAAUCCGCGAGUUUUCAAGACGCCGCAGAUUGUUGAUAAUAUCGCGAUAUGAUAUUGCAUUUUGAUUAUAUUAUGGAUAAAUUAAUUAUCGAUUAAUAAUAAUCUAUCUGUGAUAUGAAUCAGGGUACAUGUUUGAAAAUGUCAUUUUAAUAAUGAUACCAUUUCUACACAUUUUUCUCUUUUCGAAAUAUGAAGCUUUGAUAUUAAAGAGAUAAAAAAAAAAAAAAAAUAUUUAAAAACUUAAAAAAAAUAUAAGUACGUCAAUUAUUGUGUAAUAUCAUUUAAAGUAAGUUUAAAGCCAUCCACUACGAAAUUUUUUUAAAAAUUAAUUUAAAAAUUUUAAUUUUGAAACUUCAUAUUUUUGUCAUAAGAGAGAUUGAGUGUUAUCAUUAUUAAAAUAACACGAAAAUAUAUUGCGAUAUAAAUUGCAAUAGCGCAUUUCAGCUAAUCGCGCCAUAUCAAUUUAUUCUAUUAUCGACAAUAUAUGUGGACUUGUUCCUGCAUCAAUUAGAUCCAUUCUCGUUUAAUCGUCACAAUGACUUGCGGGUUGUUAUGAAGAUUUCACGAGAUCUGUAAAUUGCAAGAACGAAAACUGAAACGCCAAUAAUUUGGGCGGGAAUAUUCGACAAGUACGCAAACGACUAAUCUGAUGAUGAGCAAGGAAUGUACGAAACUUUUAUUUUUUUUUUCUCUCUCUUUUUUCUUUUAAUUUCUUUUUUUUUUAUUCUUAAUCAGGAAAUUGGAGAUUACGACUCGAGAAUCGAUCCGCGAGAUGUCUGAAGGGGAAGUUGUGAAGAUACUGGAGAGUAUCUUUGAAUUUAUAUUUCCUUUGGUCGAAGUUGCUCAAAAAUUUUUUUUAAGUUUGUUUGGAUAAAAAGUGGAAUCUUUCUAGAUAUAAUUUUUUUUUGCGAGCCAAUGGUUGAAAUAUCAAUUUUAAUCAAAUUUGUUGAGACAAACAUGAAUUUGAAAAUCACGUAUCUUACAUUUACACAAAAAAUCGAAGGCAAAGAUAUUUUUAAUAAAUAAAAAGUGCACUUCACGUUACUGAAGCAAAUUGCCAAUCAAAUUUUUCACACAUUGAUUUUUCAUAAAUAUUGCUCAUGUUAUUAAUUCUUAACGUUGCUCAGAAUUAAAUGUAUAGACGUUUAGAUGCUUUUUUUAUUCUCUAUUACAUUAGCCAUGAUUUGCGAAACAGAGUGCAUCAUAUAAAUUAAAGAUGCAUAGCUUUUUUUACUGUUUCGACAAAUUAUGCAAUGACGAUCGUGAAAACUUCACAAUGGACAGGUACUCUUACAUCGAUUUUAACUUAAAAAAAAAAACGAAGGUUUCGAAAUUAGUAAUAAUUUAUCUGGUAUCGAUUGCAACCGAUAUCCGCGGACGAUAUAAACGUAAAAAUACGAAGAAAAAUCUUAUAUGACCGGACUACGACCAGCAGCAACGAUGUAACCGACGACUAAGACGAGAAACUAAUUUAAUUAUGAUUUUCAAUAAAUGUAUACUUGAAA